UCUUUCGGUUUUUUUUGGCGAUGGCCGGUGGAUGGAAUCCCCUAUUUAACCGCCACACACAUCGGCCGACCCUCCUCACCGCCGCCGCAGUCUCGCGCUCCACCGUCUCCAUCCGCAGUUCACCCCUAUCAAGUCCUAUGAUCUAGAUCAGGUGCUUCCGGGCUGGGGCGGCGAGCAUGACGAGCUACACGCCCAGGAGCAUCCUCAUCACUGGCGCAGCGGGGUUCAUCGCCUCCCACGUCGCCAACCGCCUUGUCCGAAACUAUCCCCACUACAAGGUGGUGGUCCUCGACAAGCUCGACUACUGCUCCAACCUCAACAACAUCAAUCCCUCCCGUUCCUCCCCCAACUUCAAGUUUGUCAAGGGUGACAUCGCCAGCGCCGACCUCGUCCAGUUCCUCCUCCUCACCGAGUCCAUCGACACCAUCAUGCACUUCGCCGCCCAGACCCAUGUCGACAACUCCUUUGGCAACUCCUUCGAGUUCACCAAGAACAACAUCUACGGCACCCACGUCCUGCUCGAGGCCUGCAAGGUCACAGGCCAGAUACGCCGCUUCAUCCAUGUCAGCACCGACGAGGUCUACGGCGAGACCGACGAGGACGCGGUGGUGGGCAACAACGAGGCGUCGCAGAUGCUUCCCACCAACCCCUAUUCCGCCACCAAGGCCGGCGCGGAGAUGCUUGUCAUGGCCUACGGCCGCUCCUACGGCCUCCCCGUUAUCACCACCCGCGGCAACAACGUCUACGGGCCCAACCAGUUCCCGGAGAAACUUAUCCCUAAAUUCAUCCUCCUCGCGAUGACGGGCCAACCGCUCCCCAUCCACGGCGAUGGGUCCAAUGUGAGGAGCUACCUCUACUGCGAAGACGUCUCCGAGGCCUUCGAAGUCGUCCUCCAUCGAGGCGAGAUCGGCCAUGUCUACAACAUCGGCACCAAGAAGGAGCGGACGGUGAUCGAUGUGGCCAGGGAUAUCUGCGGGCUCUUCGAUUUGGACCCGGGCACGCACAUCAAGUUCGUCGACAACCGGCCCUUCAACGACCAGAGGUAUUUUCUCGACGAUCAAAAGCUAAAGAACCUGGGCUGGUCCGAACGGACCACGUGGGAGGAGGGGCUGCGGAAGACGACGGAGUGGUACACCAGCAACCCCCAUUGGUGGGGUGACGUCUCCGGCGCGUUGGUGCCCCAUCCCCGGAUGCUGAUGAUCCCUGGAAUCAACGGGCAGGAAGCCUCCAAAGACGAGAAUCCCCAAAGCAGCGGCACUUUCAAUCAAACUGGAAUGCUGGUCCGUGCUCCCAAGAACACUAAACCUUCUCUCAAGUUCUUGAUUUAUGGGAGGACAGGAUGGAUUGGCGGCCUGCUCGGGAAGAUAUGCGAGCAGAAGGGCAUCCCGUUCGAGUACGGAAAAGGGCGUCUCCAAGAGCGCUCGCAGCUCGAAUUCGACAUCCAGUCCGUGAAGCCGACGCACGUUCUUAAUGCUGCAGGCGUGACUGGAAGGCCCAACGUCGACUGGUGUGAGUCUCACAAGACGGAGACGAUCCGCUCCAACGUGGUGGGCGCUCUUACUCUCGCGGAUGUCUGCAGGGAGCAUCGAUUGCUCUUCCUCAAUUAUGCUACUGGAUGCAUCUUCGAGUACGAUGAUUCACAUCCAGAAGGAUCAGGCACCGGCUUCAAGGAAGAAGACAAGCCCAAUUUCACUGGCUCAUUCUACUCAAAGACUAAAGCGAUGGUCGAAGAACUCCUCGGGGAGUAUGACAAUGUGUGCACGCUGCGCCUCCGAAUGCCGAUCUCAUCAGACCUUAAGAACCCGCGCAACUUCAUCACCAAGAUCACCCGCUACAACAAAGUGGUGAACAUCCCGAACAGCAUGACCAUUUUGGACGAGCUCCUGCCGAUAUCCAUCGAGAUGGCAAAGAGGAACUGUCGAGGCAUUUGGAACUUCACAAACCCUGGUGUGGUCAGCCACAAUGAGAUCCUGGAGAUGUACAACAAGUACAUUGACCCCAGCUUUGAGUGGGUUAACUUCACCCUGGAAGAGCAGGCCGAGGUGAUUGUUGCCCCACGGAGCAACAACGAGAUGGAUGCUUCAAAGCUGAAGAAAGAGUUCCCUGAGCUACUCUCCGUCAAGGAAUCACUCAUCAAGUAUGUCUUCGAGCCCAACAGCAAGCUCCACAAUUGAAUCAAAGUUUUUGAUCUUUGUUAUUGGUACGUAUACAGUCAGGGCAAUCUGACCUUGGCUUUUGUGAUCAUAAUAAGUACUGUAACUUUCAUUACUUAGCCGACUGAACUCCAACCUGAUUGUCACUGCCCUCUGAUAUUCUACUGCUGCAGUGCUUGUCGUAUUGCUUGUUUCUUGUAAUCCACAGAUUUUCUUUGUGCAUGGGAAAUGCAUCAAUAAUUCUAAA